AUGGCAAUAAUUUUUCUUGUCUCUUGUUUGACUGAAUUUUCUACAUUUAUUUUCUUUACAGGCUGUGGUAUCCAAGCUAUAAAACCAGUCAUCAGUGGCUAUGCCAGAAUUGUGAAUGGCGAGGAAGCUGUUCCAGGGUCUUGGCCAUGGCAAGUUUCCUUACAGGACUGGACUGGCUGGCACUUCUGUGGUGGUUCUCUGAUCAGUGAUCAGUGGGUGAUCACUGCAGCCCACUGUAGUGUCACCACUUCUCACCGAGUCAUCCUUGGAGAGCAUGAUCGUUGCUCAUCAGCAGAAGCAAUUGAGACAAUGUCUAUUUCCAGGGUAUUUCGUCACCCCAACUACAAAUCCUACAACAUCAACAAUGACAUCGCCCUUCUGAAGCUGUCUUCAUGUGUUAGCUUUACUGAUCGUAUUUCCACAGUAUGCCUGCCUGCUUCAAGUGCUAACUUCCCAGGAGACAUGACAUGUGUGACUACAGGAUGGGGCUUAACCAAUGCCAGUUCUUCUAAUACUCCAUGCCAACUGCAGCAGGUAGCUCUUCCACUGCUCACAAAUACUCAGUGCAAGUGUUACUGGGGCAGCAACAUUACCAACAUCAUGAUCUGUGCGGGUGCAUCUGAGUCUUCUUCCUGCAUGAGUGAUUCUGGAGGCCCUCUAGUCUGCCAACAGGGAAGUGCCUGGUACCUUGUGGGUAUUGUAUCCUGGGAAGCAGCUCAUGUUCUCAGACAACACCUGGAAUAUAUGCUCGUGUUACUGCUCUGA